GAGACCCUUUUUGCUCUUCCUGCUACAUCUGCGCCUCUGAUGCACUCCUCUGCAGAAAAAGUUAUGGACUUGCAGGAGCAGCCAAGUAGCACUAAGUCGCUUGGUCAAGAGGAUUUUACUGCAGUCCCGCUUGAUACUGCUCCUUCUCUUCCCUCCUUCUCUCCUGUCUCAGCUGAUCCCUUUAAAGAGCACGCAGCCUUUGAUACGCUCUCAGAUGGAUUACCUGCAAGAGGCAUUUACAAAGAAAAUGCAAGUGAGGUUUAUAAAGAAACUAUGGAAAAUGCAAGAAAUCCAUUUCUUCUGGAGGGAAAUGAAAAAGACGUUUCAGAGAUGAAAUACUCGGAACCCCCAUUUGCUAAAGCAGAAGCAGCCAUUUUAUCUCAAGCUAAAGAAGAAACACAGCUAGAGGGCCCUAAAGAAUUACCUCAUCUGGAGAAAAUGCCUGCACAGCAGCUGAAAAUGUCUCCAGAAACUCCUCAAGAUUUGUUUGAGAAAAAUGAGGAAGAUUUCUUUUAUAACAAAGACAAAUACAGAGAUGGUAAUCAUGGUGAAAAAGGGGUACUGAAAGAAGACCCUCUUAGGAGGGAAGAGUAUGCAGACUUCAAACCUUUCGAGCCAGUAUGGGAAGUAAAAGGUGCUAGUCACGGACUGAGCAGCGUGAGAGAGGAUGUUGGAAGUAAGAUAGAUGCCAAACUAGAAAGCAGUUUAGAUGAGAAAUACAGUGUAGAUAAGCUGAAUGUGCAGAAGGAUUACGAAAGAGAGAGUGAAGGCAGCGCUGAAGAUCUCUCUUUCCCAAGUACCCCAGAAGCUGUAAAAGAACCUUCGCAGACUUACAUCACUUGUACUAAAUUUGAAUCCUCUGUAAGUCCUGAUGGCAACAAAGUCAAAUCUCUUUCUCCACUAGAAGAAGGCACUUCAGAAAAUAGAACCGAUGAUGAGAAAAAAAUUGCAGAAAUGAAAGCUCAGACGAGCACAGAACAAGGCAGUUUUAGCACUCAAGCAGUUGGCAAGCAGGAAGACCAGGAAGCUGACUAUGCUAAAACAGAGAGUAUAUCAACAGUGGCAUCUGACACUGCAGCAAACAUGCCUGAAGGUCUUACUCCUGAUCUAGUACAAGAAGCGUAUGAAAGUGAAAUGCAUGAUGCGACAUGUACAAAACUUGCUUAUGAAACAAAGAUUGAUUUAGUUCAAACCUCCGAGUCAGUACAAGAGACUCUGAAACCCGUGACACAACUCUGUCCCUCAUUUGAAGGGUCAGAAGCUGCUCCAUCACCAAUAUUGCCGGAUAUUGUUAUGGAAGCCCCGCUAAGCACUGGGACUGCUGGUGCAGAAGCAUCUGCUGUGCAGCUUGAAGCUUCCCCGUUAGAAACAUUUAUUCCUACUGCUAAUUAUGAGAAUGUAAAAGAAGAGACUGAAAAACCUCCCUUAUACCAAGAGGCAGUGAAUGUACCACUGACACAGGCCCAAGAAGCAAAAGAGGCACUAGCAUUUAAAAAACCUGAUCAUGAGAGUAGCACCAGUCCUGAAGAUAUUGAGACUCCAUAUAUAUCUAUUGCAUGUGACUUAAUUAAGGAAACAAAGGCCUCCAGUGAAUCUGCUGCUCCAUCCUUUACAGAUUAUUCCAAGACACCGAUAACAGAAUGCAUUUCCCCGGAUGUGCCUGAACACAAGGAACUUGUUGAAAAACUGUCUCCGCAGUUUGGAAAAUCUGACUUGUUUAAUAGCCAGGCGAUACCUGACUUCACUGAGAAAACGAGCGAAGAUCAAUCUCUCAUCUUAAAAAGUAAAUCAACUGAGAGUAUUGUAAUUGAUGAUGAACAUGAGGAACGACGGGUGGAUUCAGUAGCUGCCACGGGCAAGCCUUAUCUGGAGUCUUUCCAACCCGAACUGGAUGCUUCCAAAAUUGUUGCUGCUCUGCCAUCUGAACCAACACCUACGAAAAUAGCCAAGGCAGAGAAGGUUCCUCUUCAAAUGGAAGAGCUGAAUGCUAUGGCUUAUUCAGCUGAUGUAUCUGUUGCUACGGAACCAAAAACAGGAGACAACAAAGCUCUCUCACCCAUGGAGUCUUCCCCAGUCCCAGUGGAAGAAGACUUUGUGAUGUUAGCUCAUCCUAAAACUGUUCCUGAGUUUUUGGCAGAAGCCACUGACAGAGAAGUACUGCACAAAGAUGAAAGUGAAGAGUUCGGUAAGGUGAUCCAAGCUGAGCAGAGGCAGUUGCCUUGCCCAGAGCUGCCCUGUGAUCUGCCUGUAAAGAAUGUAGAAGUAAAAGCUGAGGAAGAUACUAAUGCCUUGAAAAAGUCCUUGGAGGCUGCGGAGAGAGAAGUGCCUGAAGUAUCCAUGAUGUCCUUACCGGCCACAGAUACCUCACCUCUAUCUGCUGAAAAAGAGGUAGUCAGUGUAGUAAAACCAGAAGCUUUUGAGAAGGAAGCUGAGCGAGAAGCUGCUUCUGUUAAAGAAAAGGAAAAACCUACUGCUGUAUUUUCAGCAAAGCUGAAUAAAUCUUCAGGUAAUCUGUGUAUGCUGUCUUGCAGUUUGCUAAUCUGCAUAAUUCUUUAGCUAAACUUACGCAUGUCAUGACUUACUCUUUUUAAGUCACUUUCUGUAAACUUCU